AUGGAUGAACCAUUCCUAAAAUUUUUGGCUGAAAGUAAUUAUUUGGAAAGUGAAUAAUCGUCCCAAGAAAAACAUUAAAAAUUAACCAAAUGCAAAACUGAACAUUCUCUUCAACCAAUCUAGUACAUCAAUUCAAAUUCAUUUACUGUUAGCGAUAAGAAGUUUUCAUUUCCAGCAAAUGAAAUACUUGAAUGGGAAACCUUAUAAAUAACCUUGCCACCAGAAGUUUAUCAGUUCUUAUUGUUUAUGAAGACCUAGUGCAGCAAUGGUAUCAUCGUUUACACAAACGAGUAAAUAUAAGGUUUGUUAGAUGAUAGCAAAGUAAUCAUUAAAAAUUAAUUAGAUUUAUUUUAAAAAUUGAUAGAUAAAGGUUGGGUAUCAAAAACAACAAGAUUAUUUAAUGAUAUUGCAAUUAACUUUUAUGCAUUAUCAGUAAAGAAAUUAACUUAUGAAAAUUUGGUUUGGAUUAUUAGAUCCAUUAAAAGAGACCUAAUCACUCCAACAGAAAGAUUAGUGUAAAGCAGAAUCAAAGAAUGUUAUGGCUUAAAUUCAAAAUCUCAAAAACACUCAAUCAAAUUCCGUUCUUCAAAUGGAAAAUUAAUAGAAUUGCCAUUGCUUUAAGUCAAGAACAUUAAGGAUCCCUUAAUAUAAGAGGAAACAUAUGGGAUUUAUAUUUAUUAAUAAAAUUGGAUUGUUGAGGAUGAAUUUCAACCAGAAUUAGAUAAAAAAUAAGAGUGGACUAUAUUUAUAGAAUUUUUGAUGGACUUUUUUGCUAAAACAAAUGCUCAAAACAACAAAAUCUUAAAAGGAGGUAGAUAUGGCUGUGCUUAAUUCAUUAAGCUAUUGGGACCAAAAAAAUUAAGAGAUUUAUCUCUUGGUAGAUUGACACUUUAUGUCUAAAUGGCAGUUAAUAAGAAUUAUAUUCGGUACAAUAAGACCAUUCUAAUACAAGAAAGCAGAGAAAAGUCAGAGCAUACAACUGAUAGUUCUGUUGAUGGUGAUCCUUAAAUUAAAAUUAGAGUAAAAGAACUAUAAGAGUAAUUGAUUGAGUUGCUAUUGGAAAAUCCUGAUGGUGUAUCGUUGGCAUAAAUACCUACAUUGUUAAAAGAAAGAGUCAAUUUUGAAUUGAAUUUGAUUGAAUUAGGCUUUCCAAAACUAAAGAACUUUAUAGAGAGUGUUAAGGAUGUGAUUUCGAUUGAGAAUAGUGGUAGAAAUAAUUUCAUUGCUAAAUUAAAUUACUCUAAGUUGCCAAAAAAAUUUUAAAAACUCAAAUAAAGUGAGUCAUUUAACUAAAAAUAUAUUUAUACCGUCUUAUAAAUGAUAAAAAGCAUUUUGAGUAAACAUAAAUAUGGAAUCAGUAUUAAUCAAUUAUACUAUGAUUUAUCUUAGUAAUUAGGAGAAUGGUUUAAUUAUUAAAGAUUUCAAUGCUAAAGUUUUUUCUAAUUUUUAUAGAAUUACGCUGAAAAUAUUCUAGUGAUUGUUUGUUAAAAAGGAAAUCAAUACUUAAUUUAUGAGAGGGAUUUAAGAUUUCUACCACCUCCACAACCAGCUCAGGAUAUUAAUGAUCCAUAAUUUGAAUAUAUUUUAAGCGAAGCUAUUUAAUGUAGUUUAGGCUUAUCAAUACCACAGUCUUUUUUCUCUAGUAGUUGGCUUGGCAAGGUUGGAGAUUCUUAAAUAAGGUAAAAGUCACCUCCUCGAAUUGAAGAUUCUCAUUAAGAAAUUAAAGAUAAUCUUAAAUUCAUUGAUGAAUUAUUGGGAAAUGAAAAUAAAUAAAAUGAUACUUAUUCUAUUUAAGAUUGGUCUGAAAAGUCCAUGAAUCCUUUGGGAAUGAUUAGUUCAAUUAAUUAUGGUCAUAGUGAAAUUUAAGAUUUUGAUCUAACUAAAGAGUUGCAAUUCUCAAUCUAGUAAUAAUAAUAAUAAUAAUAAUAAUAAUAAUAAGAUAUUAAAAAAAAAUGA